AUGCCUUCGAGGAGGCGAAGAAAUAUAUUGGCACAUUCAUUAAAAGCAAUCAGGCAAAAGCGUCAAAGAGCUGGAGAAACUGGGGAAGAACGCCGAGCCCGCUUGCAGUCUAAUGCAGCAAGAAACUCUGCGCGAAGACAGCAGGAAGACGAAGAGGAGAGACAUGCCCGCUUGCAAUCCAAUGCAGCAAGAAACUCUGCGCGAAGACAGCAGGAAGACGAAGAGGAGAGACAUGCCCGCUUGCAAUCCAAUGCAGCAAGAAACUCUGCGCAAAAGCAGCAGGAAGACGAAGAAGAGCGACAGGCCCGCUUCAGUCCAAUGCAGAAAGAAACUCUGCGCGAAGACUGCAGGAAGACGAAGAGGAGCGACAUGCCCGCUUGCAGUCCAAUGCAACAAGAAGCUUUGCGCGAAGACAGCAGGAAGACGAAGAGGAGCGGCAGGCCCGCUUGCAGUCCAAUGCAGCAAGAAACUCUGCGCGAAGACAGCAGGAAGACGAAGAGGAGCGACAUGCCCGCUUGCAGUCCAAUGCAACAAGAAGCUCUGCUCGAAGACUGCAGGAAGACGAAGAGGAGCGACAUGCCCGCUUGCAGUCCAAUGCAACAAGAAGCUCUGCGCGAAGACAGCAGGAAGACGAAGAGGAACGACAUGCCCGCUUGCAGUCCAAUGCAGCAAGAAACUCUGCGCGAAGACAGCAGGAAGAAGAAGGGGAGCGACAGGCCCGCUUGCAGUCCAAUGCAGCAAGAAACUCUGCACGCAGGGAACGCACGUUUAAUUUAA